AUGGGAAGCUUCAGCGGCUAUAUGCAAUAUAUACAGGGAGAGCUGGGAAAGAGCUGGUGCAAGGGAGCGGAGAAAGAUGCGGACGCGACAGUCUGUGGCCUAUCCUCAAGCGGCGAGCCCCAGGGAAUCCAUGAUUACGGGAACCGUUGGAUCGGAAUUCUAGGGAAAGAUGCGGUGAUGUUGAAAAACAUAGCACAGGCGGCAAAGAUCAUCUGCAACUCGGUUGAUACUUGGGCCGCUAAUCUGCAAGUUGAUGAAGGGGCAGGCCGAUGGGGGCAGUCUAGAUGCAAAUCAGAAGAAUUAGGGAUUCAGGGAAGGACGGCGCCGAAGUCGUCAUGUGACUGGAGGGCAAAACAAGCACUCUGGUAUCUUAAUCAGGGAUUGACAGAAUUAAGGCCAGACAAACCGGAACAGAGGAGCUUAAUGGUUUGCAUGGAUAUAGUUUCAAUAAUCUUAGGAAUCUUCGGCAACGCACGGAAGGGAAAAGACGAGUAUGAGUAUAAGCAAAAGAAUUUAUGCCAAGCCGUUUAUGAAGCCUUCAGCGAGUGGGGCGGGGAAGAAGUGGCGACGAGCCUCAUGGACUUUUGGUUCCCAGCCAACACCGGGGGCAUAAUCCUGGGAAGGAAAUCCAUGCCUCAAGAAACAGGACACGGCGGGACGUGGAGAAACGCAUUAUAUAUCAGGCCAAGGGGAAUAACUAGCAUACAGUGCAGCUUGCGGCAGCCAGGACCACCCAGGACCUAUAGCACCAGCUGUUAUUGGACUAAGGAUUCUUCAGGUUGUGAAAAUUACAACGAUGAGCAAUGGACCGCGGCCGAGGAAUGGAAACUGGCGUCCAAGGUGGUGUCCGAGAACGAGUUGAGCGAAUUAAUCCAGAGGCACGAGGACCAAUCUUCAAGACUUCCGCCCUCAAGCUCCUCAUCAGGCUGGAGGCUGCUAGUUCAGGCCAUAGGAGCAGAAGAGUAUUUCAUUCAGGUAGUAGCCGGAACAGUGGGAGGUUUAGAAUCAGAUAUGAGCAGCAAUAAGAAAGAAUUCCAGAGAGUAUUACCGAGGUUUAUGAUAUCAGGGAAGAAUCAACCACAGAGAUGCAAAAAUACGGCGCCGCUCUUAAGCCACGCCUGGGAAGGGCUGAAUCACAAAUUAGCCCCCGACCAAAAGAGGAAACAAAGGAGGUAA